GCAAGGGUGGGGUGAGGGGAACCUUCCCCGCAUAUGCGGGUAGCACCCAUGGCCCAUGGAAGGCCCAUUGUAUCAUGCCUCGUCUAUCCGAAACUCCUCGAUUCGAAGUGAUUGGUUGUCCUUAGCUGUUUGGUUGCAGAGAAAGGUAAGAGGGAAAAGCGAAACAACUCUUUGAUUUACGGGUAGCUGGAAGUCGGCAUGGGAAAUCGACCCGUGAAGCAACAAAAAAGGGAAGAGGUACUAUUGAAGAUUGUGCCUCCUCUGGAUCCUGCAUAUGCUCGGUGGCUUGCUCGGGACAUUGAGCGGAUGCAUGGCUAUACUCCAAGAAAUCCGCGUGCUGUGAAGCCGCCAGAACAUUAUAUCGAAUACAUGCGCUUGAAUGGAUGGUUGGAUGUGGAUUUGGAUGAUCCUGAUCUCGCCCAUUUAUUCAAGUAAUUAAUCAAGUACUUAUCCAAAAAAAUUCCAGUUCAAAUGUAGCUUAAAUAUAAAGUACCAGUCGGUUGGAAAGUUGGGGAGGCGAUAGGCCUUGGCUUGUAGAAGUCGGCCAGUUGUAGUUUUGUUUGCUCUAUGUGCAUUAUUACAAGGUGUUCUGAAUUCUGAUAAGGCUCCUGAACAGCAUCUUAUAUAUAUAUAUAUAUAUAUAUAUAUAUAUCUUCUUGUUUCUGAGAAGAUAGUUUUCAUAA